AUUAUAAUAGUCUAGAUAUGUCCUGUUUUAGAAAUUAUAUAUUGAGAAACGUAAAAUGCCUCAAGGGCGAGAAAUGUCGACCUAAAUGGAGUUAUCUUCUCAUCAUAGCAUCAACGAGACCCUCGACUGAAUGAAAUUUUAUUCCCAUUUUAUGAUGUUAAAAGGGCAAUGCAGAUCAUUGAGAUGUAUGAGCCUGAUGAAGAUUUGAAGAAAAAAGGCCUCAUUUCAAGUGAUGGAUUUUGCAGAUAUCUGAUGUCAGAUGAAAAUGCCCCAGUCUUCCUAGAUCGUUUAGAACUUUACCAAGAAAUGGACCACCCUCUGGCUCACUACUUCAUCAGUUCUUCCCAUAAUACCUAUCUCACUGGCAGACAGUUUGGUGGGAAGUCUUCAGUAGAAAUGUACAGACAGAUUCUCCUGGCUGGUUGCAGGUGUGUAGAACUUGACUGUUGGGAUGGAAAAGGUGAAGAUCAAGAACCAAUAAUAACACAUGGAAAAGCAAUGUGUACAGAUAUCCUUUUUAAGGAUGUAAUCCAAGCCAUCAAGGAAACUGCAUUUGUCACAUCAGAAUAUCCUGUAAUUCUCUCCUUUGAAAAUCACUGCAGCAAAUAUCAACAGUACAAGAUGUCCAAAUAUUGCGAAGAUCUAUUUGGGGAUCUCCUGUUGAAACAAGCACUUGAAUCACAUCCACUCGAGCCAGGCAGGCCCUUGCCCUCUCCCAAUGACCUCAAAAGAAAAAUACUCAUCAAAAAUAAACGACUGAAACCAGAAGUUGAAAAAAAAAAAUUAUACCAAAGUACCCUCUCUUUGGUGAUGUAUGAAGAACGUAUUUCUCAGCAAUAUCCUUAA